UUGGCCAACGGUUUAGUCGGCAAAAGAAAGUCUAGCGUAAUGUUUGCACAGGAAAACUGAAAAGCGAAGCGAAAGAUUGGACGCGGAAAAGUUCGUGGUGUUAGUUCGAAAUAGAUUCAAGCGAAAAAAUAAAAACAAAUCUUAAAACGAAAACCACCAACAUGGCCCAGAGAAAUGCCAUGGCUGCAGACAAAAUAAAAAUAAAACAUAAUUUGAGUUAUUACCGUGGUUGUUGUUGUUGGUUUGUUAUUUUCCUAUACCUUCAACUAACAAUUGUCUUAGUUGUUGCGACAGACCUACCAAACGCAUCGGCAACAACAAAUAUGACAACAGCCGAAAGCAAUGCAACAUUUAUGGAACCAAUUGCUGAGCCACUGGUACGAUAUAGGAGACACCCACCCCGUACCAUAGUCAAACACAUCAUAAGACCGAAACGUGUAAAAGUGAAACGAUUGAAAAAGCCAAAAAUCAAAUACAGCUUUGCCGAGCCACCCACCACAAUCUACUAUAAGAAACCCAAACCAUCGUAUAGUCACGGACCCACAUAUGACUCUUCGAUAUUCGAAGAUUUUUCACACAUUAAUGUGGAAUCGGCUGAUUUUGAUUUACCGCCAUCCAGCUAUGAGACGCACAGCAUGGAUUUUGAUUUGUACAAACAUUACGAAUCGCAAGCAGAGCAGGCCUACAAAGAGAUUGAGAAACCCUCGUAUAGUUACAGUGCCCCAGAGGUUUCCUACAAAGAAAUGGCGAAAAUUCCCUCAUAUUCAUAUUCACCCCCGAAGGGCGAACGGAAACCUCACACCCAAUAUGGUGUUCCAACGGAAUUCACCUACAGCACGGGUUACGAUAAACCCAGUGUAAAUAGUUACAGCUAUGAGGAGGGUCAUUUACCAGAAAAAAUGCCUUCAUUUUCGAGUAGUUCGCAUGGCACAGAUUAUGGCGGCGAUUAUCACGCCCCAUCAUCCUAUGAUGAUCAUUCCAAUAAGAUUUCCGAACAUGCAUCCGCCUUUUCCAGUACAGGAUAUGAUGAAAAAUCACAUGGCAGUGGUUAUGGUUAUCAAGAAGAACAUGCACCAUCAUAUCCGGAACACUCUUCACAUCCACAAAUAAUCGAAAGUGGAGGGGGACAUGAUAGUGGACACCAUGGCCAUGAUUAUUCUUAUCAAGCACCAAAGGAGGAGUACAACUAUAGUCCACCACAACAGCCAGCCCAACAUCCGCCUCGCAUCCCAGCCACAAAAUAUGGUGUACCGGAUCUCCAUUUACCUGUGGCCAAUUUUAAUAAUUAUAACAAAUAUUCUGUUGCGGAUCACAAACCUUCUUCGUCCUAUAAUGGCUAUAAUAACCAACAUCAUUUUGCAGAGCCACCAGAUCCACAAAAAACCACUGUGGAAAUAACAUAUUCACCGUCUUAUGAAAUUAAUUUACCACCCCGUAAGGCUCACUACCAUCCAGCACCCCCACCGCCACCACCACCAGAGCAUUCGAUGCCAAGUUAUCACCCAGAACACGGUCACCAAGAGGGUUCGGACUCACAUCAGCCAGCCCGCUAUGAACCAGCUCCACCACAAGACCUCCCCAUAGAUCAAAAUCAUCAGCAGCCACCUUACGAUUAUCCCAAAUCAAGUUAUGAAGUUCCAAUCUACGAUCCAAUACCAUUUGAUUCGUCCAGCCAUCAAGAACAGGAAGUCUAUCCGCCACAACCAUAUGAUAAUAAUUCCUGGCAAGAAGACACCAAUACGGAAUAUGCAGCGGAGCCCAAUAAUGUGUCUGAACAAAAACCCUCCGAUACAGACUCACAGGAAAUGCCGCAUGGAGAUGUCCAUUCAGCAGGUACCCGAUCUCAUGGUCAGUCAACAUUCGUUACACCACCGCCAGUACAGAGGCCACAGGGUGGACGUAAGAGAAAACGCACUAAAGGUAGUCAAUAUCAUUCGACUACUCUGGCCACAACUAAACACAUAUUGGAUGUACCCGAACUGGAAGAGGCUUUCGAAAAGGAAAAACAAAAAGAAAAUAAAUAUCUAACAACAGAUCCUGACAUAAAUGAAUCCCAUAAAGUGGUAAAGGUCAACAAUGGACCCUGGAAUCCCAUGAGAAUUCGUACACCGACAAUAAGUGGUACCACUCCGAGUACAACAUUGGCCAUCAAUCAAUAUUCAAAUCAUCAUGGAAAUCGAAAUUCAUACCAGAAUAGGUACCGUAGCACCACAACUACAUCUACUACAACAAUGGCUCCUCCUAGACAUCAGCAUCAUCGUACUCGCCCUUCGGCAGCAACAACGCAAUCUCCUCCGUUAUUGCAACAGCAAACGAGUCACUUGCCAAAAAUAGAAAUCGUAUCGAUAGAGAAAUCUCGUUCGAAAACCUUUUACGAUGGUAUUUUGUCCACACCGAAAAUUUACAAUACCAAUUUCCUUCGGAAUCGUUAUCGAACGGUGCAACAACACCAGUCCACCUCUACAAUAGCACCGCAUCUAAGUGGUGACUCACAAUCAUCGUCCUCGUCGUCGUCUUCAACAGCGACCAUGGAUAGGUUCUCAAAACGCACAACCAAAAAUUUCUUCGAUACGACAAUAUUUAAGAGUCCUCUCAAUGAACCAGAUGUUUACCGUAACUUGCCCAAAAAUCAUAAAUUAUUUUGAAAUUAAUU